GCGGCGGGCAGCGGCGCUGGCCGGGCUCUUUUGUUCAGGGCGGCGGACGGAGCGCGGCCAGGCCCGGGCCCCCCCGACCCCCGAGCGCGCCCCCGCGGCCCUUCCCUCGGACACCGGCGGCGGGGCUGGCCCAGCAGCCCGGGCAAGCGGAGAAGCUGGCCGGCACAAUGGGAAAAAAGCAGAACAAGAAAAAGGUGGAAGAGGUGCUGGAGGAGGAGGAGGAGGAGUACGUGGUGGAGAAGGUUCUGGACCGGCGCGUGGUCAAGGGCAAGGUGGAAUAUCUGCUCAAGUGGAAGGGAUUCUCCGACGAGGACAACACCUGGGAGCCCGAGGAGAACCUGGACUGCCCGGAUCUGAUCGCGGAAUUCCUGCAAUCCCAGAAAACCGCCCACGAGAGCGAGAAAUCCGAGGGCAGCAAGCGCAAGGCCGAGUCGGACACGGAGGACAAAGGGGAGGAGAGCAAGCCAAAGAAAAAGAAGGAAGAGUCGGAGAAACCGCGAGGCUUUGCCCGAGGCUUCGAGCCGGAGCGAAUCAUCGGAGCCACAGAUUCCAGCGGGGAGCUGAUGUUCCUGAUGAAGUGGAAGAACUCGGACGAGGCCGACCUGGUGCCGGCCAAGGAGGCCAACAUCAAGUGUCCGCAGGUGGUGAUCUCGUUCUACGAGGAGCGCCUGACGUGGCACUCGUACCCCUCCGAGGACGAUGACAAGAAGGAGGACAAGAACUAAUCCCGGCGGCCUUCCGGCUGGUUUUUUUUUUUUGGGAAGAAGAUCCGAACUUUUUUGUGGGGUUGUGAGCAAAGGAGGGGGUUUGGAGGUGCCCUUGGAAGAGCCCCCCCAGCCCCAGCCCCAGCCCGGUUUCUGUGCUCCUCCGCUCCCUGCCGUGUCCAGAUUCCAAGCAGAAUCCCAUGGAAUUCCCCAUUCCCAGCAGAAUCCCAUGGAAUUCCCCAUUCCCAGCAGAAUCCCAUGGAAUUCCCUAUUCCCAGCAGAACCCCGUGGAAUUCCAGAUUCCAUGGGGGAGAGAAUAGAGAGGGGGGGGUGAGGGAGGGAGAGUCGAGGGGGAUACGGAAACUUUGGGAUGGGGUGGGAAUUGGGGGCUGGGGAGGGAGGGGUCUCAAAGCCCCUUCCGUGAAGGACUGGCCGGGAUGGCCGGGCUGGGGAUCGGGAUCGGGAUCGGGAUCGGGAUCGGGAUUGGGAUUGGGAACGCAGAUGGAUCCUGCUUCCCUUCCAAAGCCCAUCCCAGCAGCCCCCAGCCCCGUUCCCAAUAGUGUUAACUCCAUUUUUAAGGCGUAGCAUGUCUCUAGGUCUUUUGAUUUGGAUUUUUUUUUUUUCCAUUUUCCUUUUAUUUUCCUUUUUUUUUGUUGUUUCUUUUCUUUUUUUUUUUCUUUUUUAAUUAUUCUUUUGCUAUUUCCCGGUGUUAUCCUUUGGGAAGGGAGGGAGGGAUUUUUUUUUUUUGGAGGGGAGGGGGAAUUCCAUCUCUUUUAAUCAAGGAGAGAAAUGAGAUUUGGUGAUGACAUUCCCAGAUCUUUUCCAGAUUUUUGGGGGCUUUUUUUUUUGGUUUGGUUGAUUUUUAUUUUUUUUUUAAAUAACCUGAAUUCGGGGAAUUUUUCUAAAAAACAAAAAAAAACAAAACCCUGAA